AUGAGCCUGUUUAGUCAAUUAAGGCUUCUCCUUUGGAAGAACCUUCUACAACAAAUCCGAUCGCCAUGGUUUGCCUUAUUUGAACUAAUUGUGCCUCUCAUACUUAUUGGCGCCUCAUUUGGAAUGCUUAUCGGGUUUUCUGGCAAAUUUCAAAAAUCCUACGAAAAACGCGAAUAUCCUGCAUGGCUCGUGUCGGGAAGCGCCUAUGAUCUCAUUAUUCCAACAAACCCAAAUGACUCAGACGUAGUUUAUAUGGACGAUUCGACUUUUGUUAUCGUCGACUAUCACCGCGAUGAAGAACGAAUUAGCUUGGAUUUUGAUAUUCAUAGGAUGACAGCCUCAGAAGUUGAUAUCGUUCGAAGCGAACUGAUUGGGAGGUCUGUAAAGAGUGCAUAUGAAAUUCUACAUAAAAAAGGCUUCAAGUUCUCGCUUGAGCAGGUGAGGAACCAAAGGAAACACGUACCUGAAUCGAUUGGCUGCAAUCGAGGCGUCAAAGCUAUUGCCACCACAUCCGAAUUAGGAAAAAUAGCGAGAAACGUUCCGAAUGCAAAGUACAGCGUAUUUGAGUGUAACGGUGGAAUGGUAGAUUGUUUGUCGGUUAUUCUUGAUGAACCCUUUCGGAUUGUCUUAAACUGUUUACCGACUACUAACGAGUACGAAUCUCACCUGAGAUUGUUCGAAGACAUAAACGAAAAUAAUAAAAAGGAACAUAUCCAAUCACUAUUAGAACAAUGGAAAGUUUCAAACGAUGAUGGAUUUUUGUUCAGUGGUGUCACUCAGCUGGAUACAACAUUCGGAUUGAGCGAGUUGUAUGUCACUUUAAUGUGCACCACAGUAAAGAUAUUCAACUAUUUGUUGCACUCGAAAAAGACUAUGGAAUGCCACAAGUUUCACGCAAACCAUGUGAACGAAUACCUGCAGAAGCAAGGUUUCAAAAAUGACCGCGUUGUGCCUGGAUUCAUCACGGACGGUGAAAAAUCCUUUGAGGAAUAUUACAAGGUUUGA